UCCACACUGGGAAGGCGGCAGGAGGGAAUGGUAUAAAGGGUGUGCUGGCCCCUGUGCAGCUCGCCACUCCACCAGAAGCCUCUGCCUCAGUCCCUGCUGUGAGCCUGGUUGACCUACCGUAGCUUCCAAGAUGUCCCAGCAAUACACACGGCCAGUGACGGUCCCUGCUACCCUCAGUGAGGAACUCCCCCAGACUGCUUCUCCUUCAGCCCUUACGGAGCAGGAGCAAAUGAAGCAGCCGACAUCCCUGCCUGCUCCGUGCCAGAAGGUGGCCUCUGAGUCCCCGGGGGAGGGCCCUUCCAAGCAUAAGGAGGAGCACACGGCUCCCGUGAAGGGGCUGCCUGGGCAAGAGUGUGAGCAGCCGCAGCAAAGAGAGCCCCAGGGGCAGAAACUGCAUCUGGGCCUGCAGCAGCGGGAGCACCAAGCACCUCAGCAGCAGGAAGUGCGCCUGGGACAGCAGCAGCAGGAGCAGCCCCAGGUGGAGGAGCUGCAUCUGGGAAAGCAACACCAGCAGGAGCCACGGGGGCUGCACCUGGGACAGCAGCAGCAGGAGGAGCCACAGGAGCAGGAGCUGCAUCUGGGACAGCAGCAGCAGGAGGAGCCACAGGAGCAGGAACCGCAUCUGGGACAGCAGCAGCAGGAGGAGCCACAGGAGCAGGAACCGCAUCUGGGAAAACAGCAACUGCAGCAGGGAUCACAGAAGCAGGUGCUGCAUGUGGGACAGCAGGAACCACAGGAGCCACAGGAGCAGGAGCUGCAUCUGGGAAAGAAGCAGAAGGAGGAGCCACAGGAGCAGGAGCUGCAUGUGGGACAGCAGAAACAUCAGAAGCCACAGGAGCAGGAGCUGCAUUUGGGGAAACAGCAGGAGGAGCCACAGGAGCAGGAGCCGCAUCUGGGAAAACAGCAGCAGGAGGAGCCACAGGAGCAGGAACCGCAUCUGGGACAGCAGCAGCAGGAGGAGCCACAGGAGCAGGAGCCGCAUCUGGGACAGCAGCAGCAGGAGGAGCCACAGGAGCAGGAACCGCAUCUGGGAAAACAGCAACUGCAGCAGGGAUCACAGAAGCAGGUGCUGCAUGUGAGACAGCAGGAACCACAGGAGCCACAGGAGCAGGAGCUGCAUUUGGGGAAACAGCAGGAGGAGCCACAGGAGCAGGAGCUGCAUGUGGGACAGCAGAAACAUCAGAAGCCACAGGAACAGGAGCUGCAUUUGGGGAAACAGCAGGAGGAGCCACAGGAGCAGGAGCUGAAUCUGGGACAGCAGCAGCAUCAGAAGCCACAGGAGCAGGAGCUGCAUUUGGGCCGGCAGCAGCAGCAGGGCCAGCCACAGCAUGAAGAACCCCAGGGAGCAAACAUUCUGGAGCAAGAGGAAACACAAAGGGAGCAGCAGCCUAAGGAGCCUCUGCGGCAGGCUCAGGAACUGGAGCGCCUGGAGCCGCAGGAGGAGCAUCUGCAGCAGCCCGCGUUGGUCCCAGGCCCUGGCCAGGCCCAGGAGCUGCAGCCAGUGCAGGCACAGAAGGGAGGGAUUCCCGCGCCCUGCAGGGGAACAGCAGCAGAAGCAGGUGUCAACGUGACCCAACUUGAGUAGGAACCUGCAGUGUCCCGGGGGCCCACAGAGCCUCCUACACAGGGAGGGGGACACAGACGCACUUUCCUCUGCUCCCCUGGGGGCCACUCGUCGUGAACCUGCCUGCCUGGCCCUCUGCCUGUCUCCUUAGGGGCUGGGAGAGAGGAAGUCAUACGCAGCACCCACCUCCAGGAGCCCAGUCCUGAUCCUGGGCAACCCGAGCCUCUGCCUGAAGGACUGUCACUAUUACACUAACCCUAAACUCACCCCGGACCAUGACUGAGUCUGUGAGUGUGCACAGUCGUACCUAAUAAACCCUGAGGUCCUCGGUC